UGGACUUCAUUUACCGUAAUUCGCUAAGGAAGGAAACAACCGCAAGCGACUGCCGGCGCUGGCAGUGCAUACUUCCCCCUCCCGGGCCCUCGCACAAUACGAUUCAACAUAAAUACAUAUACAUACACCACCCGCCGUUAUUAUUAUUAUUUACUUUUUUAAGAGAGAUGAUGCAUUAAAUAGUUUUCACACGGCCGGCUUGCUACACAGUCAGCAAUGAAACGGCCGCUUAAGCAGCGACAGAUAUGAAUUCGUGCCGUUAUUCGUGAUUGACAGGCAGAACGUCAUGUUGGGACUAAGCAUUUGGUGCACCAAUCUAAAUCUAAGCAGCCGCAGCUUGGCCAUAGUCCUGAUUGUCACAUUGACACUUGUUUAUUUCUCGUAUAGCUUUAAUGCCUGUCUUUUGGCAAGCAUAAGCCGCACUUUGCAGCAGAGCAACUUGCGCAAUUUGCUGUCCCUAACAACACCGCCACAGUCGCAGGAUAAGACCAUUGCCCUUAAUGGCAGUAGCACUAGCAGCAGCAGCAGCAGCAGCUCCAGCACAACCAAUAUAGAUGGCUCCGACUCACUCUUUUCAAAUAGUAGCUCGGAUGGUGCUUCGCCAAAAUAUCAAUUGCUACGCCAGCAAGGAUUACGUCCGCUACGCAAUUUGCCCUCGACGCUUAUCAUUGGUGUAAAGAAGAGCGGAACUCGAGCCCUGCUCGAGUUUAUCCGUUUGCAUCCGGAUGUACGUGCUGCCGGUUCGGAAGUACAUUUCUUCGACCGACAUUAUCAACGCGGUCUUCGGUGGUAUCGUCAUCACAUGCCCUACACCAUUGAGGGCCAAAUAACUAUGGAAAAGACACCGAGUUAUUUUGUGACCAAGGAAGUGCCGCAGCGUGUCCAUCACAUGAACGUGUCCACAAAAUUGUUGAUUGUGGUACGUGAUCCUGUGACUCGGGCCAUCUCUGAUUACACUCAGGCGGCUAGCAAAAAGGCUGAUAUGAAACGAUUCGAACAGUUGGCUUUUGUCAAUGGCAGUUAUUCGGUGGUGGACACCAAUUGGGGCCCAGUUAAAAUCGGUGUUUACGCUCGCUAUUUAGAGCGUUGGCUACUUUACUUUCCACUAUCGCAGUUACUAUUUAUCAGUGGCGAACGACUGAUUAUGGAUCCCGCAUAUGAGAUCGGCAGAGUACAGGACUUUUUGGGCCUGAAACGUGUGGUCACCGAGAAGCAUUUCUAUUUUAAUGCAACCAAGGGCUUUCCAUGCCUCUUCAAAUCGGAGGCACGAUCAACCCCACAUUGUUUGGGCAAAACGAAGGGCCGUAAUCAUCCGCAUAUCGAUCCCAAUGCUAUCGAACGACUGAGAGAGUUUUAUAGGCCGUUUAACAAUAAGUUCUAUCAAUUAACCGGCAUCAAUUUUGCCUGGCCAUAGCCAGGUGCCAAAUGAUUAGCGGAUAUUAUGAUUCGGAUCCUCCCAAGUGGAGACAUGUUGUUGUGUUGCUCCAUUUGCAACAGACUGAUAUUGUUGAAUUGCAUUUUUUGAUACAUACCAUUAUACUUACUUACA